AUGAAAAAAGCUUUAAUUUUAUUUGCCUUCAUAAUCGCUUUCGCGUUUACCGCCACUGCUCAAAACGGAAAAUCUUUCGGUAAAUUCGGUAAUGCACCACCUGGUGGCAAUUUCGGUAAAACACCACCUGGUGGCAAUUUCGCGGCUAAUCCACCGGCUAAUAGUGAUGCAGACUUUGCCAAAGACUCUUUAUCUGGUGGUGCAAAUGGACAAGUUUGCAAUGUCUCAAAAAUCAAAACUAAAACAAACGGUAUUCAAUUAAAAAACGGUGGUCAAUCCUGUGCCGAUACCCAACUAGGAGAAAUUCCUGAUGUUAACCAGAUGGUCUCAUCAAUUAUUUCUGAACCAGGAAGUGGCCAAGUCUUAAAAGCAAAUACUCCUUUCACAGUCUCUGUAACCACUCUUAAUUUGGCGCUUGGAAACUUCGAUGAUCCAAAUACCGAAUAUUAUAAAUUUUCACAACAAUUAAACAACCAGGGUUUAAUCAAGGGACAUCAACAUGUUACAAUUCAGCAGUUGAAAUCUAACACCUCACCGCCAGAUCCGAAGGUAGUAGCCUUUUUCAAAGGAUUGAACGAUAAAGGCGAUGGUAAAACUUUAAGUACAGAAGUAACGACUGGCUUGCCAGCUGGAGACCAUCGUAUUUGCACAAUGAGUUCCUCGUUCGCACAUCAACCUCUUAUAAUGCCUGUCGCUCAACGUGGCGCUCAAGAUGAUUGUAUUCGAGUUACAGUUGUUUAA